GUAAAUAGUUCCCCACUUGACCUUUGGCUCCAGGGCCGGUGUACAUAGUCGCGAUUGCAAACAUCACAGAUUCGGUAAAACAAUCCCAAACAGAUAUGUCAACUGAGGAAGUUCCCGCUCGUGUAGCUCCUGAGUUCGUUGUCGGUCUCCUUUGUGGAAGUAGUGGAAGUGCUCCUGGCGCAACAGCCACAAUGCCACCACCUCCACCCGGAUUCACCGCUCACGAUACCUCCAGCUUAGCCUCGUUGAAUGAUCAUUUGUCGAUCCUGAACAACGACUCUACCAUAACCACUACCACUUCAGCGAUGAAUUGUGAAGCGAUCAGCAACACCUUCCCUUGUCGUUGGUCCGCUGCUAUGCCUGAUAUCAGCCUCCCCCUAUUUAGAGAUAGUGGGACACCUCAGCUUCCCGACGGUCUCUGCUUAACUGACGAUGAUGGCUCUGAUUUCUCGCCAAUUUGUACAAACUCAACAUCAACUUGUGUGGGUUCAGCAAAAGAAGAUCUGGCUGAAGUUGACGGAUGCACCAACACCAGCGAUUUGGCUCACCACUUCCAUAAUCUUUCAAUGAUUGGCUCGGCGCGAGCCAAUCAGAUUUGGGCUGUCGGCGCCGAGAGACGCUUAAGCACCACCCCGGGGAGCGAUACAGGUCUUGGAAGCAAUUGCAGCUCUGGACUGUUGUCAUGCUUCGGCGAAUCUAGACUUGGUCUCUUAGGAAGCAAUGGAGCAGGCGGAGGAGGGGAAGGAUCUUCUCUGGGGACCUAUAGUAACGGAGCCAGUGGUGAUGCCCAUUCUUUGGCUGGGGGUAACAGUAGCACUGGUGAUACAACACCGAUCGUUACUCAUCUUGUUUCGAAUCUCUCCGUAUCCCCGAGUGCACCUGGUUCCACAACACGCUGCAUAGACAUCAACCGCUGUUCGCCCAUCCCGCAAUCAAUGGCUGCUUUAGACAUCUUAUCUAUUUGGGAACCUCGAAGUACCAGUACGGGGUCGCACUGUGCAUGGCUGUCCGACCCUAUGGUUGAAGCAGAUAGUGGUUUACAUGUGACUUCUGGUAAUUGUUCAGCUGCUGGAGACGAUAAUGCUGAAGACCAGCCACUUUGUAAUCGAACGGGUCGUAGUUUGAACCCAGCAACUGGAAGUGCCAAUGACAGUGUGUCAUGGAACUGGGAUUCUGCUUGUGAACUACCGCGUGGUGCAACCUGGCGUGGCUUGUUUCCCACAGGGAAAGAGUCCAACGUGAGUGCCACACUCCCUGUACCCUAUCAGUCCAAUUCAGAAGACAUCAUGGUAGGUGCCACGUCUGAUGUUUUCUCUUCAUCCGUGUCUGGAUCCAAUUUGUGGAGUAGUAGCUUAUCGAAUGGUUCGAUUGGUCAUUUUCGAAAUGAGACUCGAGAUCUCUUCGGGCCUAAUGAAGCUGGUUCCGCAGUCGGUGACAGUACUGCGGCAACUCAGUCCUCCGCCAAGCAAGAAUCUUUUGGUGGACUCCAAGUCCUUGGUUGCCAACAAGUCAGUGUAAGCCCUCAACCGACGGCUUCUUCGGUAGACAAUUUACAGCCAUUUGGACAUGCUGCGCACACAGACCUGACUUCGGAACCAUCAGCAAGCAGCGCUGUUGCCACCAAUUUGGGGAAUUCAAACUUAGGACCGACGUCAGGUGUGCCGUCAACAAAUGCUCCCAACCUGGGUGGCUUGUAUCCAUCCCAAUCGAUGUUUGUGUUUGGCCAGGCCAAGCCUGUCACUGCUUCACCUUCAAACAUGACUUCGGCUUUACCAGGUGCUCCGGCUUCACUUGCUUACAUGACGGGGCAACAACAGCAAUCAAUACCACCCCAACAACACCAGCUUCAGCAAACCAGCGUCAUGGGACAACAGCAUUUUCCGGCUGCUGGUGAUCCUUCGCCCAAUCAGGGUUUGUACAUGAAAGGUCUGGGUUUGCUGCCACCGCCAGGCCUCAGCGCAGUGGUCAAUAAUGUCACCACGCCCUCCAGUGGUUGUGUGACACCGACAGCCCAUUUAGCUGGCAAUCCAACUACUUAUGCAUCCAUACCAAUGUACUCCCCUAGCGCGACUGAUGCACCGAGCUCUGGAACCUCUGGUCCUAUGAUGCCGCAUUCAACCGCACAAGCCACCAGCAUGAAUGCAUCACAAGCGGCAUCGAUCGACCAACUGUCUCUGGCAAUGUCCUUAUUUAUGCCACCAGGUGUCGUGAACAACGGUCAGCUCCCGGCCACUUUCCCUCAGGCACCCCUAUGGAACCCCUUGACGUUUAGUAUGUUCAUGCAACAAUUGGCCAGUGGUAUGGCUGCCAGCUCCGGUUCGGCUGUCUCUGAUGCCGCAAAUGCAAGCGUCAUUGCACAUGCAACUCCGCAGCCUCAACUGCAUCAACCAAGCAACCCUCCUAUCUUGGAUCCAUCACGUUUUACAGCUAAUGCCCUAGCGCUGCUACAGGCCCAACAACAAAUGCUCGCUGCAACUCAGCUACAGCAGCAACAACAACAACAGCAGCAGCAACAGCAAAUUCAGCACCAGCAGCCAUCACUCAUGCCCACAUUUCCUCCAAUUCCGUCAACGACGUUAACCGGCAACCCAAUUGUCCCUAUGUGUGUCCCGGGUUCGGCUAGUGCUGCACCGCCAGGUCUGCCGGUGGGAUCGGUCAAUUCCAUUGGUUGUUUGACCAGUGUCUAUGCGAACCAGCUCAGCGCACCGAGUAUGAAUCCAAAUACAUUUGCUAUUCACAACACAAUGAAUUUGAUCCCAACAAUGAAUGUUCUUCAUCCGGAACCAUCUGGGACACCAAAUGUUGGCAGUUCCACAGGUAUCGGUCAUUUAUCUGUCUCCCAGCCGCCACCGCUUGGAAGACCGACGGAAGUUGUCCCCACACCACCACCCGGACUACCAAGGCCACCAGGGUUGCCUCCACCAACAGGAUUCUCCUGUCCUCCAACUUAUCCUUUCAAUUUUGACGGCAUCUCAACCUGUCCAACAGCGAUUAGUAGUGCACCCGCGAACCGAAGUGCGCUGCUCGAGGAAUUCCGUAACUCCAACGGGCGUUUCCAGCAGGUCACGCUCUCUCAGUUACGUGAUCAUAUGGUCGAGUUCGCUCGUGACCAGCACGGAUCACGUUUUAUCCAACAGAAACUGGAAACGGCUAGUACGGCAGAGAAGAAUGCUGUGUUUGCUGAAAUUCUUCCGCAUUCAGGCAAACUGAUGACCGAUGUGUUUGGCAACUACGUGAUUCAAAAAUUUUUCGAAUUCGGUACAAAAGAACAGAAAGAACUACUGUCUCAACGCCUUCAAGGUCAUGUGGUUGAGUUCGCGACACAAAUGUAUGGUUGCCGUGUCAUACAGAAGGCGCUGGAAUCUGUACCUCCUGACACCAAAAUACGAAUAGUAAGCGAGCUGCGUCCGUAUGUCACUCGUUGCGUGAAAGACCAGAACGGAAACCAUGUGAUCCAGAAGUGCAUCGAAUGCGUUCAGCCUUCAGAAUUGGACUUUAUCAUUGCUGCCUUUCGCGGCCAAGUCGUUUCGCUUUCUUCCCAUCCCUAUGGAUGCCGAGUGAUUCAGCGUAUAUUGGAGCAUUGUCUAGCAGAACAGACCCGACCAAUUUUGGAGGAACUUCAUGAAGGGGUGGAUCAUUUGGUCAAGGACCAGUAUGGGAAUUAUGUGAUUCAGCACGUCCUUGAACAUGGCCUACCGGUGGAUAAAUCACGGAUCAUUCAGAGUCUUCGAGGUCGUGUUUCGACCCUCAGCGCACACAAAUUCGCCUCAAAUGUCAUGGAGAAGGCUAUUGCAAACGCACAGCCCAGUGAACGUGCUAUUCUGAUUGAUGAGAUUCUUCAUCCGCCCACUUGUCUGAACCUGAGCGGGGAAUCAGUCACGACCCCGUCUAGCAGCAAUUCUUCUCUGAUCGAUAUGAUGAAAGAUCAGUAUGCAAACUACGUUGUGCAACGUAUGCUCGAACUUGCCGAGAUGGAUCAACGGCGUUCACUCAUUAGCCGAAUCCAGCCGAUUCAGAAUCUCUUGCGGAAGUUCAAUUAUGGCAAACACAUUAUAGCCAAAUUAGAAAAGUAUAAAAGUACCAACAACAAUAAUAAUAAUGGCACCAAUACCAAUAUCAGUAAUUGCAGUAGUACAUCAUCACCUCCUUCCUCAACAUCAUCUUCGACAUCGCUUUCGAAAGGCAACAUGUCUGCACCGAAUACCAACAACAGCAACUCAUCGGUGCCGGGCGAUACGGCAUCGAACUGUGCCAACGGUAAUGGAGCCAAAAAUGGGGUCUCAACCAAAUCGCCAGUCACUGAUGGUUUAGGCGGAGUUCCGGUUUAACUCUCACAAAAAUAUCUUACUGGACCGUACGAACAAUACCAAAAAUGUGUUAUUCAGUGUCCAUACUUAUCUGUUACUCUUCCUUCAUACAGCCGCACCUUAGAUUGUGAUUGAACACUCUAAUUUUCCUGACUUUUGGUUGAUGAUAUGCGUGUGUGAGGGAUUUAUCUGUGCUGUUUCUCUUACAACGAGUCCAGCACAACUUUACCAACAAAAUCCAUCGACGUCGUCUCCUAUUCCAGUGGUUUCUGGCCAUUAUGACAUGAUUGUUUUCGUCUGCUUGUAUAGGAUGCCAAAUAUUCAUUCAACUGAGUUUAUACACUCGAGUUAUGUUAUUCACUGAUUUAUUCCCGUUCAGUUCAUCCCCGGAUUCGCCCGAUCCUCGCAUUAGUGUAUAGUCCCUGCUCCACUUACAAAUAUGCGUUGCUUUCGAUCCGAUGCUUCUGUUACGUCUCAUUUGUUGUGUAUGCCAUGAAACCGCCGUCUCUCAUCAACGACUCCAUCUCUUCAUGCCGUUUGCCAUCGUACAUCAAUACAGUUGAACAAUUCUAGACUUACAGAGACCGUUUUGGUUUGUACAAAUUAUUGACUUUCAUCUCGGCCUUCCCGCUUCGGAAUGCAUACGCGCAGAUCACACGCUCUUCUCCGUCUCUAACCGUUGUGCGGGUGACUCCAAAUAACUUGUUGUCGUCAUCGUCUUCGGUCCACAGCAGUAGUGAUCUCGCUUUACUGUAAAAUAAUGUACACUCUAACCACCUUCACAGCUAUUUUUCGUUGAACAUAUUUCUCAUUCUCCCGUUCUUGCGAACCAUGGCCAUCAUUUGAUGCGCUGUUUUCAUUAAUGCCUUUUCCUUGUGUAGACUUCCCCAGCCCGUUGGUAUCACCAUUCGACAUUGUAUACAUCGCUGCCAAACACCUUCCCGCAAAUAACUAUCAUUCGCCAACUUUGAAUUCAGCCUCUGCCUUUCAGUGCCCAUUGUAAUUAAUGUAUAUCACUACCUUAGUUUUGUUUUUCCUCUUAGCUCAUUGCGUUGUUCGGCCAGACCCUUCCACCGUUGCCACGGUUUCCAACAAGCAUCCUGUCUUUUCUACUCCUGGUUGUCAUUUCACGAGCCCAUACUCUUCUCGCCUCUUUCUUUAGAUUCUAAUUUCGCCAUCCCUGGGUCGUUACAUAGUUUGUUCUUUUUCUUCCUUAACCAUUCUACCGUUUUGUCAGCUCUCCUUUUGUUUCCUAGUUAUCGCUUCCGAUUUUCCUCGAUCUGUUCAACUAUUGACAUUGUUGUCUUCGCCCUCCCCUCUUCAGACGCGCUGGUCUCUUGUAAAUUAC